AGGGCUUUCGUUUUGAAAGUUUUUGUUCGUGUUUGCAGGAUUGGUUGGACAAGGGAAAGGUCGUUUCUUUGUUGCCAUUGACUUGGUAAGUGAAAUGUUAAGACAUGCAUCUAUAACAUCAGUUGCAGGCCUUCUAAGCAACCUUCGUAGCCAUGAUCAAGUUUCUAGUAUCUUUUGGUUGUUACAUUCAGAUCUUCAUGAAGCCAGGGUCACCGCUGUUCUUGAAUAUUUAUCCUCAAUUGUUGCCAGCCUGGAACCAUUUACAAGAUCUACAAUUGCACAAAGAGGUGAUUUAGAGAAUCUCUCUUUGCUUGAGCAGAACUUUAGGAAAGGAAAGUUUAAUGUUCGGUUCAAGCGAAGGAACGGGCGUGUUCGAGUUAUGUGUGAAGAAUUACUUGUGGAGCUGUCAGGCAUCAACUUUACGUCUGUUUCGUUGUCUGAAGAUGAAAUAAUUAAUCAACGCCUUUUGCCAAAGGUGCAGUUCAAUCUUGAGCUAUCAGAGAAGGAGCGAACUGAAAGGGCCAAGGUUGUGCUUCCAUUUGAGCACCAAGGAAAUGGUGAACCAAUACAAAUUUAUGAUGGUCGAAGGUCUCUCAAUGAGGAGACACUUGUUUCAACUCAGAGUUUGCAGACAGAUGAGAGCUCUGACAAGGGUCAGAUAAUAUAUUUUCGGGAUUCAGAUGAUGAGAUGCCAGAUUCAGAUGAGGACCCAGAUGAUGAUUUGGAUAUAUAAAAAUGUUUGCCUCGAUCGCUUUUGUGGAUUAAUACCAAAGUUCCCAACUUGCACAACGGAAAGAGAGUUCGCCCACUGGAUUGCAGUCCUCGCAAGUUUUGCAUAAUUCAGAAAUGUAAGGCUCCUUCAUUUGUGAUUAUGCACUUCUUUUUUCUGCCUAUUGAAUAAAAAUAAUAUGAAUUAGGUGCGGUAGUUGAGUCGGCUCUUCCAUUAGAAGCAGCAUCAUUUUAAAAUUUGA